AUGGAGGUACCGAUGGAUGAUUCUCCUAUUGUGCAGGAUGGUGUACUUUUGGAAAAAGAAGAACUGAUGAAAAAGACAAAGGAAGAUGAUAGAAUGACCAACUGGCGUCUUGUUACAAUAGCUGGAAUUGUGUCUUGUUUGAAUGCGGUGGAGAAUUCGGUAUUGGGUAUUGGAGAGUGGCCGUACAUGAAAGAGAUCGAUGAAAACGCUACGGCUCAAUUUUUUGGUCUGGCUACGUCGGCUUCAAAAUGUGGUCAUGCAGUAUUUGCCUUGAUUUUUUCGAUUUGGAGUUGGAAGACACAUUCUGUCAGAAUCCCUCUUCUCGCCAGCCGAUUCAUUGCUAUCAUCGCUUGUAUCAUCUACCUUUGCAUAGAAUAUGUACAACAUGACAAGAGAUAUGUGCUGAUGUCUGUUUAUGUGCUACUAGGGAUAGCUAAUAGUGGCGGCACUGUCCUUCGAGGAUACAUCACGUUAUGCUCUUCUAAUGAAGAUCGACCGAGAGCCUUUGCAGUUUUAGGACUCUCCUUCAUUGUGUCAAUCAUAGUGGGACCGACCAUUCAACUGCUCUUCUCCGCUUUUCCCUAUCCCGGCCAUGCAAUCUUCCCCGGGAUUCGUUUCCAUUUAUAUUCUGCUCCAAUCUGGAUUUCUUUCAUUUUGACCAUCCUCACCGUCUUCGUUAUUCACUUUUUCAUGAAGGACAUCAUCAGAGAAAAAUCUAAGAAGUUAAGACCAAGUGACUCUCAAUCCAGUUUCUCCAUGGAAAAAAUGCGAUACGCUUUCCAAAAAAUCAAGAAGAGCAAUCUGGACUGGAAGCUGAUCGGAGUGUGUUUCUUUGUCAAAAUGGCUGUAACCUUCUCUCAUGCAACAAUGAGUAGUAUUGGGUCAAUUUUAUACAUGGUGCAGUUUGGGUGGGAUGGUACAACGACUGUUCAAGUGGGAAGUUUUACGAUGGUCGUGUUUGGAGUUAUGUCAUCAACAGUGUUGCUUCUUUAUAUUUUCUGUCACUUGGGCAAAAUUGUCCCCCAACACAAGAUGUUCCUCUUCUGUACAAUUGCCUUUGGCUCCGUGUAUGUUAUCACCUACCCCUAUGAGUUCACCAGUACCCCGGUAGCCCGGUACAAUGAAACAACUCGUGCGGGUUGUGACCCAAGGGAAUACGAUUGGUGCUUCACCGCUCUUGCAGUCAACCCCAUCCUAUAUAUUACGGUUUCUCUGCUAGUCGCUGGACCAGCUAUCCCCACUAUGAGUACCUCUCUAGACACGGUUUAUUCAAGGAUCCUUGGUAACAUUGACCAAUCGAUAGCGCAUGGAGCAAUGACAGUGGUGGAUGAUGUGCUAUACAUGAUAACUCCGAUAUUUCCAACAACAAUGUUCACCCUCUACGGUGUCGGUCCGCUAUGGAUCAUCAAGUCUCUGGUAUUCGUUGUGAUAGCGCUGACGUGGGCGUUCAAUUUCAAGAAGAUCGAGAAGCACUUGUAUUAA